AUGGCUUCCAAAAAUAUCCUCGCAACGGGCCAUCUGACAACCCACGAAGAAUUAGAGGCCACCGGGAUCGACCUGCAGGGUUGGCUUAACCUAACGGCACAUCUCGGCGGUAAAGAUUCUUGGGCUGAGGGAAACACUGAUAACGCAUUCAGCUUCAAUGAUUGCACGGGAGUGCAGAGAAGUCAUAGUGCCAACGAUUGGAAUUUUUUUGGCAUCGAUCUUGCUAAACAGGGACAUGCGACAUACACUUAUAUGUUGCAAGCGCCUAAGUUGGUUGAAACCCUUACCGAUACUACGACUUCUACGACAAACAAGCACGAUGUUUGGGACAACAGAAACUCUCCUAUUCCUAUUCAGUUCUCCACCACGUACGGAAAAUCCGCUCAGAAAAACGUCACCAUUACCGCGUCUCAGAAGUCCUCCCUCUCCAUCUCCACAGGGAUGAACAUUGAAGGCUUCACCUUUAAUGUCACUGCAAGCUUCGAUACGACGAACACCCAGGCCAAUUCGCAGACCGAUAGCGUGACAAGCCAGGACACGGCCAACGCGACGUUGCCUCCUGGAACCGCCGUCGACGUUGAUAUUGUCACUACCAUCCGCACAACGUUGAUGAUAUACGAGGCGGUAUUCGCUAUCGGCAGCGACAAUCCCGAAGGAUCGAUCGCCAAGGCCCCGGAAACACGUAGUGACUGGAAUAAGUUCUUCAGGAUCGAGGACAUAGUCGGCGACAGAGUCAAGUCCUUGGCCAGAUACAAAGUGAACACAAUCGAGUCGAAGACGAGCCUCGCCAUAACAAAUGUUAGUGCGGCGCUCGCUCAGGAGUUUCUUCCCGCAGCUCUCCAACUUCACGUAGGGCCCAAGUAG